GUGCAGGAGCCAUAAGUGUGCUCCCGCUUUACUGUCAGGGUAACCAACAUAACGUCGUAAUAAUACAUGCUGCAGCCGUUGAGUCAAGUUAGGUUAGGUUAGAUUAGGUUAGCUCUGUUUGGUACAAAUAAAUAACAAAGAUGACUUUUUGAAAUAUGAAGCCGUUUGAUAGAUUUUCUGAAAAAUUUGUUAACAAUCAGCGUUUUAUGAAAUUGUUCUUUUAUAGAACAAUCUUGUAUUUUAUAGAACUGUCUUGUAUAGAAAAGAAUAAACGAUCGAAUAUCUAAUUCGUGUACAAUUUACGAUCUGCACUUUUGUAGAGAUAUCCUGUAAGUAAUGGAUGUGGAAGCUGUUGUAACAGAGCGCUUACAGAAAUUAAGACAAUGGCAAGCGGAACAGCAGGAGAAGCUUCUCAAGGAACAACAAAUGCAAAGAGAAAUUUUGAGCCACAAACAGGAUCGUAUUUACAAAGCCCUUGGUCUUCCUUUACAAGAUCUUAGUGACAUUGUCGAAAAUACUAAUAAGCUCCUUAUUCACAGCAUGAUAAGUGAGAAUGAAGUAAUGUCAACAAGCUUGGAUAGUGCUUUAAAAGAAACAAAGAAAGGAAUAAUGAGAGACACUAUUGCUUUGUAUGAAAAUUACAAUAAAGAAGAAGAAGCCGAGGACUCUGAUUGUAUCUCUGAGACUGUCGAUGACAAUAGGAAUUCUACAAAGGAUUACAGUUUCAGUAUAUUGCAAAAGAAUGAAUUGGAUGCUGAUUUAUUGAUAGAAGGAAUAGCACCAUUAUCACUGAAUAAUGUAGCAUCAAAUGAACGUGUUUCUUUGGAUGAUAUCCCUGUUCCUUCAUCUAAGAAAGAUUUUCAAACACUACUGAAAGAGAAGUUGGAUAAAGAAUCGGAUAUAGCGCCGCGCAGCGAUUCGCAGACUAAGAUAAAAAAGUCAUUCUUAAAAAAGGGUCAAGGUUUAUUGAGAUUUAAGAUGUCUGCAAAUUCACCUGCUCAGUCAACGACUACGAGAAGACGUGGUGCAUCUUCAACCGUUAAUACGCAAGAUGUGAAUAAAAUAGAUAAAGAUAUCAAAGCUACUGUACAGAAAAAUGCAUUUUCUGGUUGCACAUCAAUUGAAAAGCGACGAUUGACCACUGUGCCAUCAUCGAGAAGAAAAGCUCCUGACAAACCUGCUCUUAUUACACCUAUUGAACCAGCAACCGCGACUGCCAAUGGAACGAGACAUCUGUCGGAAACAAAUGUCUCAGAUUUUGACUCGAAAACAGAGAGAGAACUAGAGGAGGUAAGGAUAUUCGAGCUCUUGGAGGAGAAAGCGGAGAAUUCGAGUUUUUGUUCAACCUCGAGCACAGUACUUGCAUUUUUGCAGCAAUCCACGCCGUUUAAAGUGAGGGAGAGACUGAAUCGCUCGGAGAGCGAAAUUGCGAGUGCGAAACAACAGCACAAUAAACGAACGAGCGACACUGCCAAGCCAGCUAGUGCGAAACUGUCGUCUGAGCAAUUCCAUCUUCGUCAUCGUUCUCAUUCCGCCGCUGCAGCUAUUAACUCCUAUUGGGACACAAUAACUAUCGACGACUCAACAGAAGAAGAAGCACCGAAGCAUCGUCUGAUGAUGAUCGACGAAAUAUUACAAAAUGACGAAGAUUGCCAAUCGAAAGAUAUAUCAUGCGGCGAACCUGCUGUUAUUGCAUCAUUGACGGACAGUGACGAGGAGAGAGACGUUCCCGCGGAAGAUUGCGGCACCUUGGUUCCCAAGAACGUUCAUCCGGACUCGUCGAUAGCGAACCACCGCGUCAGAUUUUCAGAACACAACGAAUACAGAACCAUAGAUCUGAACGUGUCCAAUGCGUCCAGCAGAUCUUCAUUGGUGUGUUACCUGGAACAAAACAAUGGCAACGAUUCCGUGAACACCUCGCCGGAGUUGUCCGAUGUCGAGGAGAAAUCGCCAUUGAAUUACGAGGAGAAUACAUCCGCCCGACAAGUUAACGGCAACGAUAGAGCGAUUAACGCGUCGAUUCAAUUGUCCUUGCAGCAAGGCAUUACGGAAAACUCAUACUAUCGUAUGAUGAAGGCAUUGAAAGUCUCCGAUGAAGAGAACUCUGCAGGCUGCGAAGACGAAUCACCUGGUGAAGAAAACGAAAAAAUCGUUGAAACGUACAACGAAGAACAAGCGUCUGUUUUGUCGUCAUCGUCAUCAUUGUCGUCGUUAUCCGACGCUCAUCAAAUGUCGAGUAUGCGCCAAAGGGAAGAGUAUGCCUUGAAGAGCGAGCCGGCAACAGACAAGACGAAUACUUUUGAACCGGAACUCCUGAAAAGCCGUCUGUUGGAGCUGGAAAAGGAAAUCGAUAUAUUUCGGAAGGAAAGCUCAGCUUUGUUGCUUCAGCGCCGGAGAUUGCAAGAAGAUCAGGCGACAUUGCACAAGGAAUACAUGGAGAAAGAAAGGAACUUCGAGGAGAGCAAGAGAAGAGUGCAGAUUCAAUUGGAAGAAGAGAAACGGAGAUUAGCGCGCGAGAAGGCGGCAAUGGAGAACAGAAUUCGCGACGCUCAAGAGAAGGCGAGGCACAGUAAGAUGGAGAGGCAGAAAGCGCAGAAUCUGGAGGAAGAACUAGAAAAGCUCAAAGACGAGUUAAACAUUAGGGAGAGCAGAUGGAACGCCGCCGAGUCGAGGUACAAGAGUGAACUGCGCGCACUACGGACGGAGAUUUCUAAGCUGAAGCAAGAAAUAGCGAGUCUGCAAACUGCCAAGAAAACGAACGCGAAGAACGUCCGGAAAGCAGGCGGCCAAGCGUUCGCGAGAGCCACCGAUCGACGAAUUAACAGACCCACCGUUGCGAUUUCGUCCAGGGAGAUCCCAGCGAAAUCGUCUCGAAACUUACCGGCUGUUUUCUCGAACACUUCUGUCCAUGAAGAAGACGACGAAGAUAAGCCGAAAACUGAAGACGAGCCGACCGAAUCGAUAACGAAGGCGACUGAUGGCAAUAGCGAGUUUGCUGAAACAGGCGACACCGCGCUCGUGAAGAAAAGGGAAUCCAAACGAGAACGGGAAAUCGGAUCACGCUCGAGACGCAGUGAGAGAUUCGCGGAGCGAAACGCGAAUGAAGCGCGGAAGAAGCGAGACUUGUACAAAAACUUGCUGAACGACGCUACGUCGGACUUGGUGGCGGAUCAAUGUUCGUCUUACACCAUGCAGGGUAUAAGUGAUCUUCGCCAGCCGAUUGUCACGUGCGCGUCUGGCCCAAGCGCGAAGUGCAACGACGACUUCUAUUCCAGUUCAGCAAGCGAGAAUCUCGAGUGUGCCACGACAACAACUUGCAUUGCGGACGAUUUGGAACGCUGCAACAGGUCGUGCCAGCUGGAUGACGAUAGAGAUGAAGAAAAUGCGACUAUGAAAACGCAUGAUCGGGACCUGUCAACUGAAAGGACAGAUUCGUUGCUUCGUCGACGAGCUAGCAGCGUGCCGAGUGGCAUGGAUAUUGUGAGGCACAUCGAGCACGCCGACGGUCGUGUCGAAUACUGGUAUCCGAACGGCAACGUGAAGAAGAUCUUCCCCGAUCAAGGAAUGACGAAGAUGAUCUACUACAACGGGGACGUGCGCGAAACCGAGCGGGACGGCAGAGUGAAGUAUUUUUACGCCACCACUCGCACGUGGCACACCACGACUCCCGACGGCUUAGAAAUCUUAGAGUUUCCUGACGGCCAAGUGGAGAGACGCACGUCUGAUGGCACUGUCCAGGUGUCGUUUCCGGACGGCGCCACGCGAAUAGCGCAAGUGAACGGCACGGAGAAGUGGACGUUACCGGACGGCACGGUGGCGCAGACCUUCGUCAACGGCGACAAGAUUCUCACCUUGCCAAAUGGCCAAAGAGAAGUCCACACGAAAGAGCACAAGAGACGAGAAUAUCCCGAUGGCACUGUGAAGCUGGUGUAUGCCGAUGGCACUCAAGAAACGCGUUAUUCUAGUGGAAGGAAAAGAUUGAGAGACAAGGAUGGAAAUCUCCUGAUGGAUUCGUACGACACUUGAAUUCUUCUUCUAGAUUUGUUCUUUAAAUCUUUUAGAAUGAAAUUACACAUAGAAUGAGUGAAAAGUGACAGUAUUUUUACUCAAGGCGGUACUGAAGAUACUGCUACUCACUACAAGAGUGAAUGUUUCAUUCAAGCUUAGAGUGGAUUCCGACUCGAUAUAAACGAAUGUUUUAAUCGGUUGGAGUGGAUAUGUUCCUCCGACAGUGGAAUACGUCAGAUUAAAAUAGAUCAGAAUACAUUCAUCCUUCAAUCCUGAAUGAAAGUAUCUACUCAACGAUUCAGAAGAGAGAAUUCACUUUAUAUGACACGAAGUAUUAUACAAUAACUUGGCUGUCAUUCUACUUUUCGAAUGGAAUCACACUUCAAGAAAUGUAGAGAGUGAGUUCUUCAAGAGUUCCUCUUCAAGUCGAGUUUUACAGAAGUCAUGAACUUUUAUUGUUAACAACUAAUUGCAUACAUACAAGCGUUGCAGCACAAGUGCCAAUAAAUAUUGAUGUAUGGAAAUUAUUUUUAUACAGUGAACAGCUCAUGAAAGUUUUGACGAGUAAAAGAUAAGUAAAUGUUACGAAUGAAGAUAAUAUUGAAAAUAAAGAAUAAUAAUCUUUUGUUACUUUUACAUUAUUUAUGAUAAUAAUUAACGCAAUAAAAUUAAGUAUUGAA